GAAGGCUUUGAAAAUGUCGGUUGCAGGUUAAAAAUGAGAAGGAAUUCAUCUCCAGGAAGCUCAAAAACGACACGCCAGUUUUGUUGUCUCUGCCUAGAUACUUAAGAAGUGGAGCAAGGGAUCCAAUUGUCCACCCUUCCUGCUCAAACUGUAGGGAGGAAUUCACUCGGUGAUUUUGACCAACUGGCACGCCCAUCAUUUUACACAGGAAAAAGGACAUUCACCUGCCCAGACAGUGGGAAUGGAUUCACUCGGUUAUCUCAACUAAAGGUACAUCAGCAAGUUCACACUGGACAAGGCCAUUCACCUGUUCUGUGUGUGAGAAGGGGUUCAGUCGGUCAUCCCACCUGUGGACACACCAAUCAGUUCACACCGGGCAGAGGCUGGUCUUCUGCUGAACUUCUGGGUAAGGAUUCACUCUGUCAUCUGACCUAAUGGCUCACCAGCGAGUUCACACUGGGGAGCGGCCGUUCACCUGCUCAGUCUGUGGGAAAGGAUUCACUCAAUCAUCCACCCUACAGGGACACCAGCGAGUUCACACUGGGGAGAAGCCUUUCACCUGCUCAGUCUGUGGGAAAGGAUUCAGUCUGUCAUCCACCCUACAGAGACACCAGCGAGUUCACACUGGGGAGAAGCCUUUCACCUGCUCAGUCUGUGGGAAAGGAUUCACUCUGUCAUCCACCCUACAGAGACACCAGCGAGUUCACACUGGAGAGAGGCCGUUCACCUGCUCAGUGUGUGGGAAAGGAUUCACUUUGUCAUCCACCCUACUGGUACAUCAGCAAAUUCACGCUGGGGAGAAGCCAUUCACCUGCUCAGUCUGUGGGAAGAGAUUCACUGACUCUUCAACCCUACGGAGACACCAGCGAGUUCACACUGGGGAGAAGCCGUUCACCUGCUCAGAAUGUGGGAAGCGAUUCACUCGGUCAUCCCACCUACGGCGUCACCAGCGAGUUCACACUGAGGAGAUGCCGUUCACCUGCUCAGUGUGUGGGAAAGGAUUCACUGACUCUUCCACCCUGCAGAGACACCAGCGACUUCACACUGGGGAGAAGCCGUUCACCUGCUUAUUCUGUCGGAAGAGAUUCACUCAGUCAUCCACCCUACAGAGUCAUCAGCGAGUUCACACUAGAGAGAGGCUCAGAAUGUGGGAAAGGGUUCACUCAGUCAUCCCACCUCUUGGCACACCAGUCAGUUCACAGUAAGGAGAGGCCAUUGUUAUGAAUCCUUUGGUUUUGUUUGCUGUAGACUGUCAUUUUAAGAGAGAGAGAGAGAGAGAUUAAGAAGGUGAAUCAGUCUGACUUGCAGCUUGUUUACAUCGCUCGCAGCUUGUUUAGUUUUAACUGAGGACACAGACACUCAGAGUCAGACGGAGACAAAGGAGGAAAAAUGGAAGGAUCAAAACCAGGGAACUAGUAGCCAAGGAUCACUGUUUGGAACUUUCCUUCACUCACAAGGGUGGGCUAAUUAUCGAUUCACCGUACAUCGAAUGUGUGGUUGUCACCUCAUUUGAUCCACAGGAGUGGAUCUGAUUUGGGAUAUCCUGUGGAGACAUGUGUUAACCCUUGCCUGGCUGUGGCGUAGUCAUUCAUUUGAUGAUACCCCUUAUGACAAUUCAUUUUAGGUGAUAAUUCGUAUGUACAUUUGUAAAGAUGAUGGAUAAAAUGUAGAGUGACUGUUCUCUCUUUUUACCACCAUGGAACCUGUGGAAUACAACAUAAUUGCCUUCUCUCAACAUUUACCCUGGAUUACAAAAAUAUCUCUCUCACAUCACCUAUUCUGUGAAUGAAUUGAACUUUAAUACUUUAACAUCUCCAGACUCCAAGCCUUGUUUCCCCUGAGCUCAGAAGUUUGGGAGUUAUAUUUACACACAUACAUACACAUAACACUCACGAGGAAAUCUGCAGAUGCUGGAAAUACAAACACAAAAAAAAUGCUGAUAGAACACAGCAGGCCAGGCAACAUCUAUAGGGAGAAGCACUGUCGACGUUGUGGGCCAAGACCCUUCGACAGUACUAACUGAAAGAU